UAUUUUUCGGUUCGAAUGGGUUCUUGCUUUUCCACCACCCCCUAAAUAAAAUUGCCGAUUCUCUUGUAAAUAAUUUAGACAAAUAAUUAAAAGAAAAAAAGUAAACCCAUAUUUGCAUAGGAUUUUGGACCUUCACCUCUUCUCUUCUAUCGUUAUUUUCAGCUGAAAAAGGUUUUUACAUUAAUCACCCUUGAAGUUAAUUUUCUACAGCAUUGGAUCAUCUUCGCAUGCUGCAGGAACAGGCUGCUUUGCUAACUUUGUUACUUGAUUCACCAUUCUAAAGUAAGGUAUUGUUCAGUAAGGCCUAAAGUUAAAUAUACGUAAGUAUGGGCAGUCCUGCAGAGCCAAAGAGAAGAGUGGCAUUUGUGCUGAUUGAUGGAUUAGGAGAUGUAUCAAUACCAAGGUUUGGGAAUAAGACUCCUCUGCAGGCUGCUGAUGUUCCAAACUUGGAUGCCAUAGCAUCAGCUGGAGUUAAUGGCCUUAUGGACCCUGUGGAAGUAGGUUUGGGUUGUGGGAGUGAUACGGCUCACCUCUCAUUGUUGGGCUAUGACCCGAGAGUCUAUUACCGAGGGCGUGGUGCAUUUGAGUCCAUGGGGGCUGGGUUGGCAAUGUCACCUGGAGAUAUUGCAUUCAAGUCAAAUUUUGCGACCUUGGAUGAGAAAACUGGCAUAGUUACAAGUAGGAGAGCUGACAGGCAUUUUGAAGAAGAGGGGCCUAUCCUUUGUGCUGCCUUGGAUAGAAUGAAGCUCCCAUCUUUUCCUGAGUAUGAAGUAAGAGUCAGGUAUGCAACAGAGCACCGAUGUGGAGUUGUUGUUAAAGGACCUAGACUGAGUGGAAACAUAUCAGGAACUGACCCAUUGAAGGACAACCGCUUACUUCUGGAAGCCAAGGCUUUAGAUGAUACUGAUGAAGCAAGACACACAGCUGCAGUUGUUAAUGAGUUAUCCAGGGAGAUAUCAAAGAUUCUGGUUUCUCACCCUUUGAAUGCAAAAAGGCUAGCAGAAGGGAAAAGUGUUGCUAACAUCGUCCUUCUAAGAGGCUGUGGUAUCCGAAUUGAGGUUCCACAAUUCGAGAAGAAACAUGGCUUGUGGCCUUGCAUGGUGGCUCCCACAAAAAUUAUUGCAGGGUUGGGCCUAUCACUUGAUAUUGAUAUCCUAGAAGCUCCUGGAGCAACUGGAGACUAUCGAACACUUUUGACUUCAAAGGCAACUGCCAUAGCUAAGGCACUCUCUACCCCUCUACAAACAUCUCCUAGUGUCUUUGUACCAGGGGAGGAUGAGCACAAGCCUGGGAGAUCAGAUGGUUAUGAUUUUGGAUUUCUCCACAUUAAGGCAAUAGAUGAUGCAGGGCACGAUAAGGCGAGUGUUUUCAAAGUAAAAGGCUUGGAAGCUGUAGAUCGAGCUAUAGCACAGCUGGCUAAGCUCCUGUGGCAGGCAGAAUCAACUGGGGACUUCCAAUAUUUUAUUUGUGUCACUGGUGACCAUUCUACACCCGUUGAAUAUGGAGAUCACAGUUACGAACCAGUUCCAUUUACAAUUUGCCGGUUGAAAGAUUUUGUGGGUGCAGUUGGUGGGGAGUCUAGUGUUUUGGAAACUUCCCUUGAUCCAUUUCCUCUUCCUACUGUUAAGGCAGGUGAAGACCUAAAUGAAGCCAUUGGUUUAGAAAAAGGGAGAAAAUGCAAGCAAGUUCAAGCAUUUUGUGGUGAUUCAGUUUUUGAGUUUAACGAGAUUGCAGCUGCAAGGGGCUGUCUUGGGCGGUUUCCAGGUGGAGAGAUGAUGGGAAUCAUUAGGAAAUUUCUUAAAUUAAAUGCAUAGCUUUCAUGGUCAGAUGUUAAGAGCUCUUUCCCAGACAACCUCUAAGUUUCUGAAUAAGGUGUUUCUGAUCUAAAAAAAAAACCAUGACAGUAUGUCUUUGAAUCAUCAAAAUUUUGAAUGCUUCUUAUGAGUUAUAACAUCAAGGAGAUGUGUUGUUUAUA